AUGGCGGCCGCGGCGGCGGCUCCGUCGGCGGGGAAGCGGAAGCGGGAUCUCUCCGAGGACGACGCGUACCUCAUCCUCCACAAGUACACGCCCGCUAAGAUCCUGAUGGCGCUUCAGGAGGUGUCGCAGCAGGCGGAGAGGAGGAGAAUCGACUGGAGGGCGCUGGCGGCCAAGACGGCCACGGGGAUCACCUCCGCCCGCGAGUACCAGAUGCUCUGGCGCUACCUCGCCUACCGACACGACUUCGUCGAGAACGUCGACCGUAGCGCCCAACCUCUGGGUGAUGAGAGCGACUUGGAAUGUGACAUUGAACCAUGUCCUACCCCAAGAAGCGAAGCUGUAGCGCAGGCCUCAGGGCUCACCAAGGUCUUACUCUAUGGAUGUUCACGUGAGCAAGCUUUUAGUCAUCGUGUUAAGUCAGAAGUUCCUAUGCUAAACAGUCCAAAUCAUAAGAUAUCACGUGUUGCAUCUGACAAACAGCUUGGUCAGAGUGGCCGUCUAGCGAAUGGUGCAGGUCCAGUUUCCAACUUAAAACGGGCAUCCCAUACAGGGUUAUCUCCUGAUCCUAUUGAUGGGAAUGGACCACACAAAGUGAAAAAGCCAAAACCAUGGUCUAAAGAGGAGGAUGCGGACUUAACAACUGGUGUACGUAAGUGUGGUGAAGGAAAUUGGCUGGACAUUCUGCAAAAAUAUAGAUUUGAUAAUACAAGAUCUGCUGUUCAAUUGUCUGAGAGAUGGACACUAAUCUCCAAGCGUCAAGGAGCAACCAAGACGGCUAACGCUGAACCAGUCGGUGUGAAUUUCGAUAUGAUAAAGGCUACUCAGGAGGCAGUUUCUAUGGCUCUUGAUAAGCGGCUUAUGCGUAAGCCUGAAUUAUCAUCAUUAAGAAGAUCAGGACCUUCCCAACCAAGCACUCAACACGCUCCAGUAUUUCUUAGUGCGACAGCUGAGUCAAAAUCUGCAGCACCAUCUUCAUUAUUCUCGUUGCCAGUUCCGGUCCCUCUGCCUGCGCAAUUUAAAGUUCUGAUGCCAUCUCCUCAGGUGCAACAAGCUCAUGCCCAAGUUGCACCCUUAAGAGUGUCAAAUACUUCAAGCAAGUCACGAAGUAACUCAAAGAAGCAAGUUGCACAAACAAAUCCUACAAAUGCUCCUUCCUCGAUACAAGCUGCUGCUAUUGCUGCUGGUGGACGAAUCGCCACACCAAGCUCGGCAACCAAGUUGUUGAAAGGUGCUCAAUCGACGAAAUCCAUGCAUGUAAGAUCUCGAGGAACAGGAGCUUCAAAAACUUCUGCAACCUCUAAAUCAUCCACUAUGGCUGGUGAGUCUGAGACACGGAUUGGUAGUGCUCGACACCCGGAACUUCCAAAUUUUAGUGCCCUGACUUCACCUCCUCAUGUGACUACACAGUCAACCGGGCAAGUUAAUGCUAUCGUAGAAGUUGCAGCAGUUAGUAAUCCCAUGGAACAAUCUGCUAGUGUACAUUUGUUGGAAGCUGAGAGAAUAUUGAGCACCACAACAUUGUCUGGCUCAUGUGACAAUAUGGUAGAGAUGGAUGGUGACUCUACAUUUCAUGUAGUUACGAUGGAGGACUUGUUUCCCGAAGAUGUGAAGCAGUCUGAUAUUGUAGAUAUAAAGGCGGAGGAGUUCAUAGGUACCGAUACUGCCAUGCUGGAGUUUGAUCGCUAUGUUGCCAGUCAGAAGAAAGAACAGAAACAUCUACCCGCAGCUGAGAAAAGCAUCCCUGUGUUUGAUAGACCACCAGAAACCGCGAAGAAGACCAACAAUCUUGGUUCAAGCUUUUCACGGGCGGUAACCUCUGGUGGCCUUGUUGGCACAGGCAAUGCUGGUGUGUUAAGUAAACCAUUAGGGAGGCAGCCAUCUGGUCCAGGCACCAUGAGCAAACAAAAUAGGUGCCAAGAAAUUUUGGCCCAGAUGCAGCAUUCCACGAACUCAAGAAGUAAUAAAAUUGUCAGGAAUGCAGCUCCAGGCACCAGAACUCCAGCCAGGAAUGCAGCUCCUAGCGCUGGAGCACCAGAAACAAAUACAGCUCUCUACGCACUAGAACACUAG